GUACGGAGUCACGACCAGGUGUUAUUCCGCAAGCUGUCGAUACCGUAUUUGAAUACAUCAAGGAGCGUGGUGUAUAUGUAAGUCCUCUAAAAGAAGUCGUGGUAUCGACACCUAAACAAGUUAUGAAAGAAAUUGCAAAAGGAGAAGCUAAUCGUCAUAUGAGCGCAACUGAUUGGAAUGAAAGAAGUAGUCGGUCUCAUACUAUUUUUCAGAUGGUAGUCGAAAGUACUGCUAAAGGUUCAUUGCCACCUAGACCAAAUCGUUAUUCUACUGCAGGACAAAAAGCAUCUGCUUCUGUUUCGUUAUCUGUUUUGAAUUUAAUAGAUUUAGCUGGUUCUGAAAAAGCUGCUUCUUCGGCUGAUCGUCGAAAAGAAGGCGCUUAUAUUAAUAAAAGUGGGAAUGCUCGAGUUUCGGUAAUUUGUACUAUAUCUCCUUCUGCGCUAAAUCAUGAAGAGUCUCAGAACACCUUAAAAUUCGCGUCCAGAAUAAAAAAAGUGGUUACUAGAGCACAUACAAAUGCGGUAAUGGAUGAUAAAGCUCUAUUGCAGAAAUAUCGUAUUGAAAUUGAGGAGCUUAAAGCUAAACUUGAAAGAACUAAUGAAGCAAACUCUAAGGAGAAAGAGUCUGAGUUAUCUCAAAUGUUGCAACAAGAAAAGGCCAAAGUUAGUGAAUUUGUUCAACUCGAGAGUCAACUUGAAGCAAAGAAUGUGACAAUCAACCUACUUAAAUCUGAUGUUGAGGGCAAGGAUAGGAUGAUUAACGAAUUGAAUGUGAAAUUGAAAACUGCUGAACAAUCAAUAAGAGAAUUAAAUGAUGGAUUAAAGGCAAGAGAUGACGAAUUACAAAGCCUUCGUGAUGAAAAUCGCGAGUUGAAAAUUGCUGCUGAAGAGCAAUUAGGGAAGAUUAGUAUAUACGAAAAUGAUGUAAAAGCCAACGGUAAUUCACAUAGUGGGAGUAGAGGAUACAAUGAGUUGAGCAAGACAAUACAAAGGCAACGUAACAUUAUCAAAGAGCUAGAGGAAGAACUCAAAGCUAACAAAUUGAUUAUUGCCAAUCAAAAAGAAAUGUUACGUCGAGCAGAGCUUACGCAACUACAAAAUAGUGCAUCAGUUAAUCGUGUUAACGGGCGUCGGAUGGAAAGUGGUGAAUAUUCAACUCCAACUCAGGAGAAUACGCAGGGUAAUGGUUCGGGUAAUGGAAAGAGUCUUGUGUUGAUGAAAAACAAUUGUUUAAUUACCGAUGAAGCCAUUCUUAUCUUCUUGCUACUUGCAUUCUCGAUUUUUAAAAUAGUCGAUUGA